AAGACGAAGAAUGAUUUUUUCACAAUCGUUGGAUAAAAACGGCAUCAGAAGUGCGUGUAUUUGCGAUCUUCAGAAAUGGCUCUUUCUAUUUGAACAAGAUCGUUCAGUGUUAUGAACCUUCGAUACUCUUAUCAGAAAGCUCACGCCACGAUAAAAGCCGACUUUCGAAUACUUCAAACCGCCGGCAAUGUUAUUACGAGUUUACUCAUUGGUCGUUUUGGCCCUGGACCUUAUUACCUUAUUCAUAGGAAUUUGGUUCUCAGUUAUAGUAGCACUAUUUAGGACUUUUAGACCACCACCUUUAAAGAAUCUUACUGGAGAAGUGGCAAUGGUAAUUGGUGCUGGUCGAGGUGUGGGUAGAGAAAUAGCGAUACAAUUAGCUCAACUAGGUGUAAAUGUAGCUUGCAUUGAUGUCAAUGUGGAAAAUUGCCAAGCAACCGUAGAACGUGCAUUGCAAUUUGGAAAAGCACGAGCCUUUAUAUGUGAUGUAACAGAUAAAGAGCAGGUUUCUCAUACUGUGCAUGCAAUCAAUUCGGAGUUAGGUGAUGUAACAAUUUUAUUACAUUGUUGUGGAGUACCAAGUCCACGUGCACUCAUUCGAGAUCCUCCAGAAAUUAAAGAAACUAUGGAUGUUACUGUUUUUAGCCACUUCUGGCUUUUAGAAUCUCUUCUACCACGAAUGCAAGAACUUGGUUGUGGUCACAUUGUUGUCCUCUCUUCCGUAGCUGGUUUGUCAGGUGGUGCAAGUCGUGGUCGUCAAAUACCGUUGUCAACCGCACAAUUUGCUGUCCAAGGAUUAGCUGAGUCCUUACACACGGAAUUAAGACACACCAACACCAAUAUUAUAAUUACUCUAGUUCACGUCUAUCCAUUUAUAGUGGGUGCUGAGGUAGCAAAGGAUAUACGCCUUAGGAUACCCAGUUACUUUGGAACAAUGCCUGCCGCUGAAGCCGCUAAAAGAAUCCUGGACGGCGUUCGCAGAAACUACGCCGAGUUCAGUGUCCCAGGAUAUCUUCUGUAUCUUGGCCACGUACUUAGAAUCCUUCCAAAGAAAGCCUCGUUCAUGUUACGAGACCUAUUGGACACAGGUGUAGAUUUUGGAUGACAAAUAGAACCUUAAUGUUGAUUCCUGUAUUCAGGUCAGCUGAAGAAAUUCUAUUUAUUUUUUACGUCCAUCCUGUGUUCAGAUAUGAGACUGCGAUAAUACAGAUUUAUAUGAAUAUAAUGUGAAUCGAGCCUGUUUCCAAAAUGGUAUUAAACCCCCAGGAAAAUCCUC